AUGUAUCGAGAAGGGAAAGUGGAACUUAUUCCGGCUGCCGACGCCAUCAUCAUUUUGGAGACAGUUCUGGUGGAUAAGCUGGCCACAGGUAAUGGCCCCAAACCGCCACGACCUUACCACCUACCAGAUGCAGAUCUCAAGAAGAGAUAUAGGGUGACUGUGGAUGCUCGCCCGGUUAACAAUCUACAACUCACCGUCGCCGGUAACAACUUCCAAUGGGUACCACGCUCAGUAUCAUCUGGUAUGCCGAAAGCUGACCUAGAAAGUCCGAACCAACAUCAACAAGGACCUAUCGAUAUUCUCAACAAUUGGCCGAGUUUUGCCACUACCUUCUACGGUCGCCUGGACCUGAGCGAUGCCUUCUACAGCAUCUCCAUUCCCGAGCGCGUUCGGUCUCUAUUCUGUUUCCGUACUACAUGCACUGUCAUGGACGACACUGGCAAUCUUAAUUCUCUUGGCGACUCCUUUCUCUGGCGACUGUGUAGACUUCCUCAGGGUUGGACCUACCCUCCUCUCAUUUUUACCCGUGCCUUAUCUCAUCUCCUAUACUUAUUCAGGGCACAGUGUAAAUUACGAGUCCACAUCGACCACUACCAAGACGACCUUUUACUUGGUGCCGCCGAUGAGAAGACUCUCAACCAAUGCAUUGAGGACCUCUCCGACUUCCUCGAAGGCUAUGGUUUCGUCGUGAACCGCCAGAAAUCAACCUAUGCUACUAAGUCAUUACGUUUUUGUGGAUAUGUGCUCGACGGUCCUACGUACAAACCAGAAGGUUCUCAACAAGAACUCGUCAAGGGGCUUGCGGAGUCAGCAUUACAUGAAUUCUUCCACUACAAGCGUAACAUUCCCCUUCGCCAACUCAAGUGGUUGAGAUCGUGGGCGGGGAAAUUCCAAUAUUAUCGUGGAUGGUUGGCUCCGGAAGGCGUAUCUAAUUUGAAGCUAUUUUUCGCUCGCAUCAAAGCUCUACAAGCGGAAGGCGCACGACCCAUCACUGACGACGAAUCGCUCUGCACGGCUUUCACGCGCCUUACUGAAAUGGUCUUCGGUGGACGACUACCCGCGCUACAUUUUGGUCUUGGCGGCUCCAGCACGACUGGGGUUCUACUU